UAUUUAACUUCCUCUUAUUGGUGAAAUUGGUGAAUUCAGUGAUGACACUUUUGAGAUUUAAAAUGUCGAACAAUAUUUUUAUUAUUGCAACAAUGCUUCUUCUUUUUCGCGGAUUUCAACGGACUCAAGCUGACGUAGAAUAUUACAUUUCACGAAAUACUUCUACAUGGGAAGCUGCUUCAAAGGAAUGUAACCUUGCAACACCCCCAAUAGAUUUUAUCAAUCUUUCAUUGAAUAUUUCAAAUAUAGAAAUAACCGAGGAUUUAUGGGUUGGAUAUUAUGUUGCGUCACUGGAUAUUGAAUUUGUAGGAUGUGUGCACGAGGCAGCCAGUCAUAAAAUAUCACCAUACAGUGGGAAUAGCGUGGUUAGAUGUUUUUCUUCUUGUGAUAGCGCCCCUUAUUUCGGAUUGAGCUCUACACGUUGUUUCUGUUUUAACACAAGACCAAAAAAUAAUUCCCGAGAUCUUGUUUGUGAAAUAGACUGUAAAGGACACAGGUGCAGUCCGUGUGAAAGAAAUGGUUAUAUGACAUUGUACAAAAUUUACAAUGGUGAUGCUAAUAUUCAAUUCAUAAAAAGAAAAGAAACAUUUUACGAGGUGUUGCGAAGGAUGUGUCCGUCCGGAUUUGAAAAAGGCGAAACAUCAAGCAUAAAACAAGUAGUUCAGAGGACUUUCGCAAUUUUUAAAUACAACGGAACAACAGCCGGGAUAAAUCCGAUAAAAAUACCAACUUUUGGCUAUGUAAAUGUGUCAAAGGAUCAAAAACUGCUCAAUUUUAGAUCUUCUUCGCAAAUACUGAGAGCACUUUGCGUUAAAGGUUCUGAAGCAAAAACAACUGAAGGAGACCAUUCAAGUAUAUAUAUUGGUGUGUCAAUCGCUGUAGCAGUAGGUGUCACAUCUCUUGCUGUUUCGUUCGUAGUUAUCCUUAAACGAAGGAAUAGAAUACCAAAGUUUUGCAUGAAUGAUGAGUCUAUUAAACCCAUCAAAGAGCUGGAAAGUACACAAAAAGAAGGGACAUCACAUCGUGGAAUAGAUAGUAUCGGUCAUAUGAAUCCUGCCUUUAACAAAUCGGAAUAUAUGAAUACAUGGAAUGUAGACACUGCAGACGACAAUUAUGAUUCUUCACAUUAUUCUUCAAUAGUAGAAGAGCCACGGGGUAAAGUUAAUCAACCGAUUGAAAGCCAAAGUGUGAAGAUACCAGAUGUACAACAGUUACAUGCCAAAAUGGAAUCUAAUAUAACAGAUCAAAAUGCUAAAGGGAGUGAUAAAGACGGUAGUCCAUCCCCUCAUUAUUUUAUACUUGAGAAGAUUGAAAAGGAAGCUGAUGAUCCAGUCUCGACAAAAGACUUAACAAGAAUUGAACAACAGUCAAUGGAAAAGGAUAAUGAACGCAACGUUUAUAACACAUUAAAUGAAGCGAAAAUAGAAAUGUCUGAUAAUGUUUAUGAUAUAACAGAGAGGACAGCAAACAAAAGCGAUACAACGUACGACACUACGGGAACUGCAUCAAGUCAAAGAAGAGAGCCAGAGGCUAACUAUAAUAGCGUAGUUAUUGGUGAUGAUGAAUAUAGUCACACUGGUAGAGAUCAAAUUAAAUAUUCUAAAACGGACAAUGUUUAUGGGAUGCAAGAUCAGCAAGGAAUACAUGUGCAACAGUUUGACAAAGAAGAUCUAGAAAAUUCAGAGACAUACAAUCAUUUGAACAUGACGAAGUUUAAUAAAAACAAAACAGACAAUUUGUAUGGUUUUAGCAAAGAUUGAAAAAUCGAAAACAUUAAUUUAAAUUUAUUGUUUAUUUUACUAUAUAUAUGUAAAUCAGCCAUUUUCCCGUGGUUAUGUAUUUUGACACUGUUAAUGGUUACGCAUUUAAUUUGAAUUCUAAUUCAAUAAAUUACAUGUAUUUAUCAAACAGAUUUAUGCUGUAAAAAUGAAACUGCGUUUUGGAAGCACGUUUAAGUCUCGUUUGUUUUCAGGAGAAGAAUGCAUACAUAAAAAUUAUAGCAUUUACGUAGAUAAUAGAUGACAUAUGUUUGUAAUUAUAAAUAGGGAAAUAGAGAAUAGAAGAUUUAAACCAUUUAAUGAAGUAUAGAAGCUCAAUCACAUAAAGAUAUACAAAAAAAGAAAAAAAGAGUAAAUAAACUGAUCUGGUAGUUUUUCUCUAUGCAUGUAUUAUUUUGGAUAUUAAAAAAAUUAUAUUAAAUAAUAUUUUCUUAUUUCUAAAGGGUUUUCGAAGAAACGUCACUUUCUUGUACAAAAGUAAAUUAGAAUUUAAUAUUUGACUUCGACAGUAAAGGUCAUUUAUCAAGGACAAACUUCUAUCAUUCAACAUGCUGGGGUUUCUUUUAAUUAAAUUUAUCCAUAACAAUAAACAACAAGGUUGUCGCAAUUUAAGGGUAGAGUGAAAAGCAUGACGGUCAAUUAGGCCAGUCAAACUAGAAUAUUACAACAUAUCAGUGUUGCAAUGAGUGUUGUUGUUGUUGUUGUUG